CGUGAAUAUUUUGGUGACAAUACUUUAUAGUUGCGCCGGCAAACCUACUGGAAAUAUGUCCAAAUCAUCGGAUCCGCGGCAUUUCUUCGAAUCAGAUGCGCAGCAGGCCAAGAGAGAAAGGCGAGAUGCAAAAUCUAGCAACAAGUAUGGAAAGCCGAUAGUGCUCAAGUCCAAAAUUCUGUCUGCAAUUGCAGAUCCGCGCAGCUCCUCAUCAGCCAUCCUUGUUGCGGAAUCUGCGGGGUCCGUGAGGCAUGUCAAGUUCGGUGAUGAGCCAGACAGUAAAACAGUAUAUCGUGGGCCAUCCGCACCCGUGACAUGCGUGGCGGUGGGUGGUCCAAACCAAAAGAUCCUCUUCGCCGGGUCUUGGGACAAGUGUAUCUGGUCUUGGAAUAUCGAUUCCCAGAAGCCUGCAAGAAAAUAUGCUGGUCACACCGACUUCAUCAAGACCAUCGUCACUGCCAGACUUGGCGGCACAGACAUCCUGAUCAGCGGUGGUGCUGACAAGAGGAUCAUCGUGUGGGACGUGAGCACGGGCAAGGAACUCCACGUUCUUCAAGACAGUGUGCUCAACAUGCUCGCUGUUCAAGCACUUGCCAUAGAUCCUAUUCAGACCACUGUUGACGAGGUGUACUUGUUCAGUGCCAGCAGCGACCCGCAUAUUCGGCGAUGGAAGAUUCGUUUGGACUCUUGGAAGCAGGUGGUGGACGAGGUCCCACAGUCUUCAACGGAGAGGCGGACCCUCCUGGAGCACGAGACCAGUAUCUACAAGCUCGUAUUCGACCAGGAGAGCGACGAGGUUGAUCUCUGGACUGCAAGUGGUGACGGAACAGCCAAGUGUCUGGCCCGAGGCAGUGGCUUCGUUAGUGACGAUGUGUUUGAGCAUGGUGACCACGUCAAGGCUAUUGCGGUCACUGGUACAUGGGUCAUCACAGCUGGGAGAGACGAGGAUAUAAAGUUCUGGGACAGGUCGACAGGGACGUCGUACUGUUCGAUGCAGGGGCACUACGAUGAGGUCACUGACAUGGUGAUAGUAGGCGACAGUCUCUGCAGUGUUGGUAUUGAUGGGACGAUCAGAACGUGGCCUUUGACCAAAGCCCUACUUGAUGUUGCUAUCAAAGAGCAAGAUGCGGAUACAGAAGAAAAGGGAAAGGAGACAGGAAAGGAGAUAGGACAGGAAGGGUUGCUUUCGAGAGAGGAGGAGGCCGAACUGGCAGCUUUGAUGGAAGACGAUGACUGACGCUGGGGCAAAUCAUCAGAAUUUCGGUGAGUCCGGACGGCUUUCUAGGCUUGAAGAAGACGUUUGCGGAUCAUUGCUUCUGGUGAGGUCGCGCCUCGUGUUUGCCGAUCGUCCACUGAGACCGGAUCCAGUCGGCGUUUUCAAGACGCUUCUGCGGGUAGAUGCAGGUUUUUGGCCUCCGAGAUCAAGCGCACCAGUAACGAACGCCAUGAAGAGAGAUGUCCCCGGUUGAGCACCUACGCAGGUGGCUAACCGUUCCACAUCGGUUAUAUGGCACUCGCGAGACCUAGAAGCGUUGAGGGGCUCAUUCGAUUGAGGCAACAAACAUGAAAUUUCCACGUUCGUAUUGCGUUGCGGGAAACUGCAAUUGUCCGCAUUUCGUGGCCAGGGCUGUUUGUGUGUUUGAUUGUCAAUCAAUCAAUGUCUCUACCGGUAUCUCCUACCUAGGUACAUUUAUACCUACCUAGGUACCUGGGUACUGUACCGGUACCUACCUACCUACUAGCCCAGGGGACUUGAGCAUGCGUACAUGAAGUCAUCCAAUACGUGCUCUAUGUACAAAUUCUGCUCAAAACGAAGCCAUGUAAAACUAGGAUUGCGGUAGGAUUUCUUGAAUGACUGGCGAUUGAUUGCACGCAAGGCAUGAUUUAAAUGGGGGAUUUCGGGGAGCCCGGCCGCGGGGAAUUAGCGUCUUGAUACCCCUGAAUGUUGGGUUUCGACAGGCUCCGUUUCACUCUUUCCCGCUCAGGCUUUUUACGGAUCACAGCAUCAUCUGGACCGCAACUUAACAUGGAAAGAAGGGUUCUUGACUUGGGAGCUUGCUAAGCUCUUCCCAUUUGUUUGUUUGUUUUUUUGGCGCGAGUUUUUAUUUUAUUUAUUUUUUACUUUAAAUGCUGUAACAGGAUCAGAACAGCACACUCAAAGUACCCUCACAUUCAAUCUCGCGACACCAAGACACGCAACGCACAAGAAUGGAAAGAUAGACGACAAAGCAGAGAAAGAGGGACCAGAUGCAAGGG